UGUCUGACACCAAUCAUCCACCCGCCAACGCCAACGAUCAAUCACGACCGCGACAAAUUUGCCGACAAUCCGAUCGACUUCCUCGCACACGAUUGAAUUAUUGAUACUACACGAAUUGAUCGCCGGCACCCGACACUUCCGCCGCGAAGAUGGUCCAAAUCAGCGAGGUUAAGGGAAACAGUCGCGAGAACCGCACGGCUGCCCAUACCCACAUCAAGGGACUGGGAUUGAAGCAGGAUGGCACAGCAGAGAAGCAAGCCGCUGGCUUCGUCGGCCAGUCGACGGCAAGAGAGGCAGCUGGUGUUGUAGUUGACCUCAUCAAAGCGCACAAGAUGGCCGGCCGCGGCGUUCUGCUGGCUGGUGGACCUGGCACAGGAAAGACUGCCCUCGCGCUCGCCGUCAGUCAAGAACUCGGAACCAAGAUCCCCUUCUGCCCGAUUGUCGGUAGCGAAAUUUACUCGACCGAAGUGAAGAAGACAGAGAUGUUGAUGGAGAACUUCCGCCGAGCCAUUGGCUUGAAGGUUCGGGAAACAAAGGAGGUGUACGAAGGCGAGGUUACGGAGCUUACACCUGAGGAGGCCGAGAACCCUCUGGGAGGGUACGGAAAGACCAUCAGCACACUCCUGAUCGGCCUGAAGAGCGCAAAGGGACAGAAGAAGCUGCGCCUGGACCCCAGCAUAUACGAGGCUAUCCAGAAGGAGAGAGUCUCAGUGGGAGAUGUCGUCUAUAUCGAGGCCAACACGGGCGCUUGCAAGCGCGUGGGAAGAUCAGAUGCCUAUGCGACCGAGUUCGACCUCGAGGCUGAGGAAUACGUCCCCAUUCCCAAGGGCGAGGUGCACAAGAAGAAGGAGAUCGUGCAGGACGUGACGCUACACGACCUCGAUGUUGCCAACGCACGGCCCCAGGGUGGUCAAGAUAUCAUGAGCAUGAUGGGCCAGCUGAUGAAGCCCAAGAUGACUGAGAUCACGGAUAAGCUGCGUGGAGAGAUCAACAAGGUGGUAAGCAAGUACAUUGACCAAGGUGUUGCCGAGCUUGUGCCGGGUGUGCUCUUCAUCGACGAGGCACACAUGCUCGAUGUCGAGUGUUUCACGUACCUGAACCGGGCUCUGGAGUCACCCAUUGCCCCGAUUGUCAUUCUGGCAUCAAACAGAGGAAUGGCCACGCUUCGCGGCACAGAUGACAUUGUCGCGGCACACGGCAUUCCGGCAGACUUCUUGACCCGCAUGCUCAUCAUUCCAACCACGCCGUACCAGGCCGAUGAGAUCAAGCGUAUUGUUCGCAUCAGGGCCACCACCGAGGGUGUGCCUAUUACCGACGCCGCCCUGGACAAGAUCGCGGAGCACGGCGUCCGCAUCAGCUUGCGGUACUGCCUGCAGCUGUUGACACCCGCCAGCAUUCUUUCCAAGGCAAACGGCCGCAGCCAAACCGACGUCCAGGACGUGGCCGAGUGCGAAGACCUCUUUUUGGACUCGCGGCGCAGCGCCAGUCUCUUGAGCAGCGAAAGCGGCAAAGGAUACAUUUCGUGAGACGAGCGCAAGAGAUGAUGGUUGGACGAUACGCGAGGAGAAGUCACGGGGCCCAUGU